AUGGUGAAAUCUUACUUCAAAUUCGAGCAUUCGAGCACGUUCGGGCUCAUCGCCUCGGCGUCGUCCAAUGCGAUCUGGGCCAAGGACGAGCAGGUCCCAGGCGCAGCUCGCCAGACAGGUUCCGGUCGAGCGAUCGUUGGUGCUAGCGAGGAGGUCCUUUGCUGGGAUGUAAAGAAGGGAGAACUGCUGGGCCGGUGGCGCGAUUCGGCGUGCAAGGCGCCUGUGACCGUCGUCACCCAGAGCAAGACCGAUGAAGAUAUCUUUGCAGUUGGCUACGAGGAUGGUAGCAUCCGCAUCUGGGAUUCGCGUACUCGCACUGUCAUUAUUUCUUUCAAUGGUCACAAGUCCGCCGUGACCCAGAUGGCCUUCGACAACGCCGGUGUGCGCCUCGCCAGUGGUUCCAAAGACACCGACAUUAUCGUCUGGGACCUGAUCAGCGAAACAGGUCUUUUCAGACUCCGCGGACACACCGACCAGAUCACCUCCCUCCACUUCCUUUUCCCUUCUACAGAGCUACUCAAUGCCUCCGGACUCAGCGAACAUCCCGGAUUCUUGUUGACAACUGGUAAGGACGCUCUGGUCAAGAUUUGGGAUCUGGGAUCGCAGCACUGUAUCGAAACACAUGUUGCGCAGACAAAUGGCGAGUGCUGGAGCUUGGGUCUUUCACCAGACCAGGGUGGUUGCAUUACUGCAGGAAAUGAUGGAGAGCUGAAGGUCUGGUCGAUCGACGAAAAUGCGAUGGUUGAAAUCUCAAAAGAGAAAGUCAGCGCAGAGGGUCGCAGAAUCAUGAAGGACCGGGGAACCUUCUACCGAAAUGGUAAAGAUCGCACAAUUGGCAUUCGAUUCCAUCCUCGUUUGGAUUAUGUCGGUUUGCACGGCUCGGACAAGUCAGUCGAAAUUUGGCGCAUUCGGUCAGCAACAGAAGUGCAGAAGAGCAUGGCUCGCAAGCGCAAGCGGAGAAAGGAGAAGGAGGCCCAGCGUGAGGGUGAAGAGAAGACCGAAGCUGAAGAAGACAAGCCUGAAGAUGUUUCUUCUGCUCCCAUCACAGAAGUCUUCGUCCCCCAUGUCAUCGUUCGCACGGGUGGAAAGAUUCGUUCAUUCGACUGGAUGACCAUCAAAUCCAACAGCCUAAACAUCCUUGCAGCAACUUCGAAUAACCAGCUGGAAGCCUAUAGCAUUGUCACAGCGAACAAGAAGAACAAAGACGAGGAAGAAUCUGAUUACACCCGCAGCUUGGCUGUCGACAUUCCCGGCCACCGCACCGAUAUCCGAUCCAUUGCCCUGAGUUCUGAGGACCGCAUGUUGGCUUCUGCUUCCAAUGGCAGCCUCAAGAUCUGGAACGUACGCACAGGAACCUGUCUGCGUACGCUUGAAUGUGGCUAUGCGCUCUGCUCCGCGUUCCUUCCCGGUGACAAGAUCGUGGUGGUUGGAAACAAGAAUGGAGAGUUGGAGGUCUUUGAUAUUGCUUCCUCAACAUUGCUGGACACCAUCAAGGCCCACGAUGGUCCAGUCUGGUCAAUGCACGUGCACCCUGAUGGAAAGUCCGUGGUCACUGGAAGUGCUGAUAAGCAAGCGAAGUUUUGGGAGUUCAAGGUUGUGCAGGAGGAGAUCCCGGGCACCAAGCGCACUACUCCCCGCCUCAGACUGGUCCACACCAGAACCUUAAAGGUCAACGAGGACAUUCUCAGCCUUCGAUUCUCUCCAGACGCACGACUUCUGGCUGUUUCUAUGCUGGACAACACUGUGAAGGUCUUUUUCGUUGACACUUUGAAACUCUUCCUGAACUUGUACGGCCACAAGCUUCCUGUCCUGUCCAUGGACAUUUCUUACGACACCAAAUUGAUCGUAACUUGCUCGGCCGAUAAGACUGUCCGUCUGUGGGGUCUGGACUUUGGUGAUUGCCACAAGUCCUUGCACGCUCACGAGGACAGUGUCAUGGCAGUUGCAUUCGUUCCCACCAACAAGGAACAAAAUGGUCACAACUUCUUCAGUGCUAGCAAGGACAAGGUUAUCAAGUACUGGGACGGUGACAAGUUUGAGCAGAUCCAGCGACUGACCGGUCACCACGGAGAGAUCUGGGCGUUGGCCAUCAGCCGUACCGGUGAUACCAUUGUCACUGCCAGUCACGAUAAGAGUAUUCGCAUCUGGAAGGAGACAGAUGAGCCUCUGUUCCUGGAGGAAGAGCGCGAAAGAGAAAUGGAAGAAGCUUACGACAACACUCUUACUGCCUCUCUCGAGCAAGACGAGGACGGCGAGGACGGCGAGAAGGCCGAGGCAGUUGACGCGGGAAAGCAAACCACUGGUACCCUCAUGGCUGGUGAAAAGAUCAUGGAAGCUCUAGACCUGGGCAUGGAGGACCUCGAACUUGUCCGGGAAUGGCACGAGACCAACCCCAACAGCUCACCUCCCAACCGCAACCCGAUCUACCUCGCUUUCGGCAACAUCUCAGCAGAGGAGCACGUCUUGAAGACCGUGUCCAAGGUCCCGGCCGCAGCCCUGCAAGAUGCCCUCCUUGUCUUGCCAUUCAACAAGCUCCCCGCUCUCUUCACCUUCCUCAACAUCUGGGCCGAGCGCGAAUGGAACGUGCCCCUUACCUGCCGUGUCCUCUUCUUCAUGCUCAAGACUCACCACCGCCAGGUCGUGGCAAGCAAGAUGAUGCGUCCCAUGCUGGACAGCAUCCGUUCCGCCCUGCGUCGUGUUCUUACCCGUCAAAAGGACGAGAUGGGCUUCAACUUGUCUGCUUUGCAGUUUAUCGGUAACCAGAUCCGCGAACUGAGCACCAAAGAUUACAUUGACGAGGAGACCUGGAAGCAGCCUGAGACACAAAAGGGAACGGGCAAGAAGCGGCAAUUUGUUAGCAUGGCUUGA